ACACGUCAAAUUUUGUUUCUUACGGCUUCAUAGCAUGUGACUGUGAACUAAGACAUCUGGGUUGAUGUCAUCACCACAUCCAUAUCUUCUCCGAAAUUUUCACCCUUUAAGUUCCGAGAUUUUUUAGCAAAUAAUCUACCUGAUCUCUCUCACUCUUCUCUCUGCUCCAGAAGAAAAAAAUGGAGAUAUCAGUUUCAUCGGUAACAGUUUCACUAGCUGUAGUUGUUGUGUCUUGGUGGGUAUGGAGAACUUUAAAGUGGGUUUGGUUUAAGCCAAAGAUGCUCGAGAGUUACCUGAGAAGACAAGGUCUUGUCGGAACUCCUUACACGCCUCUUGUCGGCGAUUUGAAGAAUGUUAUCAACAUGUUCACUGAGGCAACAUCCGAACCCAUCAAACUAACAUAUGAUAUCACACCACGUGUCGUGCCUCAUCCCUUGCAAAUGCUCAAGACUUACGGUAUCCUUCGGAAGGAUUCCUUCCUAGUUCGCCUCUUGAUUCCUCUCUGUUUAGGAUUUAGAACAAAAUUGUUGCAGAGUAAUCUGAUCUAUAAGCGGUUUCAAAUCUUGUAUCUUUAUUAUGUGGUUGGAACAGGAAGGACUAACUUAACAUGGUUUGGACCUAUACCAUUACCAACCAUCACCAUAAUGGAUCCUGAGUUAACCAAGGAAGUGUUCAACAAAGUCUAUGAUUUCCAGAAGGUGCAUACAUUCCCUUUAAGCAAAAUACUAGGCACGGGACUCGUUAGUUAUGAUGGUGAUAAAUGGGCGAAACACAGAAGAAUCAUCAACCCGGCUUUCCAUCUUGAGAAGAUCAAGAAUAUGGUACCUGCGUUCCACCAAAGCUGCAGCGGGGUUGUUGGUGAAUGGGACAAGUUAGUGUCGGAUAAGGGGUCGUCAUAUGAGGUAGACGUUUGGCCUGGACUUGUGAGUAUGACUGCAGAUGUGAUCUCUCGUACUGCUUUUGGCAGCAGCUACAAAGAAGGGCAGAGGAUCUUUGAGCUCCAAGCAGACCUAGCACAGCUCAUCAUUCAAGCUUUUAGGAAAGCUUUCAUCCAUGGAUUUAGAGAUUCAAAGACCGGCCAGAACUUUGCCCUGUUGGAGGCAAAAAUGGCAAUGGCGUUGAUUCUACAGAGAUUCUCCCUUGAGCUUUCUCCUUCCUACGUUCAUGCGCCUCAAACAGUCGUCACCAUUCACCCACAGUUUGGUGCACAUCUUAUCCUGCAAAAGCUAUAAUUCUAUAACACCAUGUGCUGUUGUCAAAUAAAGAGAGAAAAAUAAUCCAGAUCACAAUAUAAAUCAUUUUAUUAA